CAUCAUUUCCAUUAUUAUUAACAUAAAAGUUGGCGUUCAUAUAUCAGUGCUAUAAUCCACACUCUGUCUUCCCGGACCCAAACUCCGGCAAUGAAGCUAUCGGAAAACGAAGCCGACGUCGUCGAAGCUUCCAACAUCCAGCUCAUCACCUCUCUCCUCAACUCCAUCCCUCACACCGUCUCCUUCAAAGGCAAAUGGUCCCUCAUCGGAACCAAACUUUCCGAUCUCAAAUCCCAUCUUUCCGACCUCUCCGACCUCCCCUCCACCCCUCUCUCCCUCUCUCUCCUCACCUCUCUCUCCCACACUCUCUCCCAAGCCCUCUCUCUCUCCCUCACCUGCCACACCACUCACCUCCCCGCCGGUAAACUCAAAACCCAAAACGACGUCGAUUCAGUCUCCGCCAAAAUCGACUCUCAUAUUAAAGACUUUGAAGUUUUAUUAAAAAGCGGUCUUCUCGUCCCCGUACAAGACGACGUCGUUUCAGUUAGUUGUUCUGUUUCGGUUUCUAAGAGAGAACCGAUACGAGUUGAGUCGAGAAACUUGAUAACUCGGUUGCAGAUCGGUUCAACCGAGUCGAGAAACUCGGCGCUUGACUCGUUGUUAGGUUUGUUACAGGAAGAUGAUAAACACGUGUUGAUUGCUGUGGCGCAGGGAGUGGUUCCGGUGCUCGUGCGUCUACUGGAUUCCACCUCCACAUCUGAAAUCAAAGAGAAAACUGUAACCGCCAUUGCUAGGGUUUCAACUGUCGAUUCAAGCAAACACGUGUUAAUCGCUGAAGGUCUGUUGCUCCUUCAUCAUCUUCUUCGUGUAGUUGAAUCCGGAUCCGGAUUCGCUAAGGAAAAAGCGUGUGUUGUGCUUCAUUCGUUAUCGUUCACGAAGGAAAACGCGAGAGCCAUUGGAUCACGAGGUGGAAUUUCAUCGUUGUUGGAGAUUUGUGAAGCUGGAACACCUAAUUCGCAAGCUAUCGCAGCCGGUGUGCUGCGAAAUCUAGCGAGUUUCGCGGAUACUAGAAACAAUUUCAUCGAAGAAGAUGCGAUUUCGGUUCUGCUAACCCUAGCUAGCUCAGGAACUGUGUUAGCACAAGAAUAUUCGAUCGCGUGUUUGAGUAAUUUAGUUAGAGAUGAUGAUGAUUUAAAACUGUUGAUUGCGCGUAAAGGCGCGAUCGAUUGUUUAAGAAGUUUUUGGGACUCUGCGACUGCGGUUCGGAGCUUGGAAGUCGCGGUUGAGUUUUAUAAAAACUUAGCGUGGGACGAGCGAUUGGUGGAAGCGCUUAUUUCGGAUGAAUUUUUAAUAAGGAUUGUUAAUGUGUUAAGUUGUGGUGUGUUAGGGGUGAGGAUUCAGUCUGCUAAGGCGAUUUGCAGGCUCGGUUGUAGCGCCAAAGCGAGAAAAGAAUUGGGGGAAUACGGGUGCAUUCCGCCGUUGAUAACGAUGUUGGAAGGGAAAUCGGUUGAGGAGAAACAAGCGGCUGCUAAGGCGUUAUCGACAAUCUUGGUUUGUUCGGGGAACACGAGGAUUUACAGGAAGGAGCAAAGAGGGAUAGCGAGUGCGGUCCAGCUUCUAGAUCCUACAAUACUGAACCUCGAUAAGAAAUACCCUGUUUCGAUUCUAUUGUCGUUAACCCAUUCGAAGAAAUGCCGCAAACAGAUUGUUGAUUCGGGCGCUUUGGCGUAUUUGCAAAAGCUUGUGGAAAUGGAGGUUGAUGGUGCGAAGAAGUUGCAGGAGACCAUUAGUCAUGGGAAGCUAUGGGGUGUUUUCGCAAGGCGGUAACGAUUAUUGAUUAAUAAUUCUUUUCAAAAAAUGUAUUUAAUUGUGGUAAUGUGGUUUGUUCAUAAUUUCUUUGUGGUAAUCUUUAGUUAAGAAGUCAAUUCAUUCUUAUUAGUUUAGAGCUACUGAGAUAUCAAUAUGCCUUUAGAAAAUUCUAAAAAUUUCUAAACCUGUGUUUGGUGACCUACCUUGGAUUAAAGUUGUAAUAUUUUCAACCAAAACUUCAAUAAUCUAAUAAAUAUAGUAAUGAAAUUGAUUUUC